AUGGAUUCUUUUCAACAAUUUCAACAAAUAGACGAACUUGUUAAGGAGUAUUUGUUAUUCAGAGGAUUUUCUACAACUUUUCGAUCUUUUGAAUCCGAAUGCCGGAAUGAUAAAGACAAAAGAUUUCAGGCAGAAAAAAUUAUUGAAGAAUUAUAUUCAUUUAUCACGAAUAGUGAUGUAAAUGCAUUAAUGGAUUACUGGAAAUAUCUUGAUCUAAGAUAUUUCUCAAGGCUGGAUGCUAGAUUUUUUGGAAACGUUAAGAAAUUUGAAGAGUGCCUCUUAAAAUAUUACCUUGUUUAUGCAACACAACAAAAACGAAAAGAAAAAGUUUUUGAAUUCUUUGAUACAUUUGGAACAGAGUUAAAUGAAAAUUCCGAGUGGACAAAAUGGUUUGGAUUACCAUUUUCGAAAGAUCCAACAACUGAUCCAAAUUAUGAAUUAUUUUUUACUAAACAGUGGUUAGAGAUGUUCACAACAUCUCUACAUAAUUUUCUUAAUACGAUAUUUCAAAAUAUGCCUUUACCAAGUUUGUUAUGUUUCAAUAUGGAUCGUCUUCACCGAUACGUGUUAGAAGAUGAAGUUCAGUCUCUUCAGAAUGAAAUAGAGAGUAUUAAAAAUGUUAAAACAGAUACGGAGAGUACAGAUACUGAGAUUAAGCAAAAUAUCAGCAGAUCACAAGAGUCAACAAACUAUACAAGGAUAUUAAACCGUACAAAAUCUUUGUUUGAUCAAAAAGAUAAGGAUACUUUUUCACGUUCACAGUCUACUACACCAAGUAAAGAAUUGGUUAUUAUUUCCGAUCAUUACGGAGAAAAAUCUCCUGAAAUAUAUGCAGAUGAUAUGAUCCUGACUCCGAUAUCGGAAUAUGCCAUAGAUAAUUCACAAGAAUUACCUGGUGAAGAUAUUAAUCCGUUUACCAUUAUGAAUCAGGAAAUAUAUUUAGAGCACACAUCAGGAAUAUCACUUGCUAAAUUCUCACAUAAGGGUAAUUUAAUCGUGAGUUGUGAUGUGGAUAAUAUUGUUAGUCCAAUUGAUAACACUAGUCAAAUUAGUCUUGUCAAGAUUGACCAGUCAGUCUAUGCCAGCUCUGAUUAUAGAGAACAAAUUAGAAUAAUUAAUUUUAAUGUCGAUACAAACAGUGUAUGGAGCUAUGCCGGUGCAUCAGUUAAACACAAGAUCGAUAACCUUAAUUUAAAUGUAUCAUGUCUUGAAUGGGAAUCUAGAUCAGAUAAGAUUUUUUUAAUGGGCACAGAUGAAAGAUUGAUUAAAAUAUAUAAUAAAGAGUCUCGGUCAAUUGUUCAUGAGUUUCGAAUGGAUGAACAAUUUCCAAGGUAUAUAAAUUGUUCACCUGUAGAACCAUUAUUUGCAUGUUCAAGUUCGCCUAAAGGAGUUGAUGAUGGAUUGAAUAAUGUUAAUGGAUUAUUGAUAACAUGGAAUUUAAAGACCAUGAUGAUACAAGACAAAUUUACACUUGAGCCAUCUAUAUCAAAAGCUUCAGGGUUGCCUGUAGUUCCUAUAGAGACUCUACAAUUCAAUCACAACGGUCAGAUGCUUGUUACUGGUGAUAGGGCUGGAUGUGUACGUAUAUUUGACAUUCGAUCCUUCAAACCUAUAAUGGAAUGGCGUUUACCGAAAAUAAUAAGCACUUCCACAAGCAAGAAAGGAAAUAGUGCUAUUUACUCAUCACGAUUUAGUUUUGAUGAAAAUACCGUAUAUGUUGUUGAUGAGACUGGUGGAUUAACGCAAUGGUCUGUUCACAAGCCGGGCUCAAUAAUCUCUCAAUCACGUCUUUAUGGUUUUCCACCUUCUUCGGUAUCAAUAAGUCAUGCGACAUUAACAAAACCGUCGUUACGUAAGAGGACAUCUUCAAUGUCUUCAAUUAGAUCUACUAAAUCUAACAAGUCUUUUAAUGGAAGUUACAAUUUAACAACUAAUGGAAUUGGAGGUGGAUCGACAAAUGGUGGGACUAAUGGUUUUACAAGCAAUGGAAAUUUGAAUAAAAUACCUAUGGUUUCGUUUAGUAGUGAUACAAACCAUGUUUUAUGUGUUGGUGGAAAUGGAUUUCAGGGUGUUAUUUAUCAAACAUCAUCAGGAAACCAGGUUCAAUUACUAGCACCACAUAAUUCACCCUUAACAGUUGUUGAUUGGACAACUAUAGUUGGAAAUUCCGUAUUAACUGGCGCAAUGGACGGAUCUGUGAGAGUUACCAAGAUGGUUACCGAUGUUUCUACAUAA